CUCCAUCCAUCGGUCUCCUCUCCGGCCGCCGGAGCAACCGAUCGAGCGGUAGGCACGUACGUCACUUCCGUAUUUCUGAUGGAGAACUUCCGUGAGGGAGACGAUCGCCUGCAACUGCAAGGGGACGACGAGCUGUUCCAUCACUUCAACUAUCUACAGUCUUCGCCGCUGAUGGAGCAGCAGCAGCUGCUGCAGCCGCAGUCGUCAACGUGUGACGCUGCGGCGGACCUGGGUGGCCCGCCGGGGAUGCCCAUGCCCGGGCUGGUGGACUGGGCGUCCCUGCUUCUCCCGCUGGGGCCGGGCGCCGCCGCUGGGUCCACGUCGCAGCAGCAGGUGGUGGCCGGUGUGGUCGGGGAGGAGAUGGUGAGUGGCGUGGCGGGGGCGGCCGCGCCGGAGAGUGGUGCCGGGAGCAGUAGUGGCGUGGGAAGGGAGGAGACGAAAGGGAAGGGCAGUGCGCGCGGGCGGGGGAGCAGGAAGGCGAGCCGGCCGCGGUUCGCGUUCCAGACCAAGAGCGAGAACGACGUCCUCGACGACGGCUACCGGUGGAGGAAGUACGGCCAGAAGGCCGUCAAGAACAGCGCCUUCCCCAGGAGCUAUUACCGGUGCACGCACCACACAUGCAACGUGAAGAAGCAGGUGCAGCGGCUGGCCAAGGACACGAGCAUCGUGGUGACCACGUACGAGGGCGUCCACAACCACCCCUGCGAGAAGCUCAUGGAGGCCCUCAACCCCAUCCUCAGGCAGCUUCAGUUCCUCUCGCAGCUCUAACCAAUCAACCGUCUGCAUGUGGAAUGCGUACGUAGAGUACGUACGUGGCCUACAGCCCAGUGUACUCAGUCCGGGAAGAGAAGGGAAUAACAUGUCCUACCUCCCAAUUACUCACUAUACAACAACUGAUCUCUCUCUCCAUAUAUGGUGUAUGUGCUUACUCUUGUUUACAUGCACGUAGAGAUGAAGACGCAUGUGCAAAUACAUGAUACAUAUAGUCGUCCUUGUAAUUUCGUCGUUUAUAAGUUAAUAACACAUUUACAAAUUA